UUUUGGUGUGGGGGUGGGCAGCGCUGCGGGGCUUCGCGCCAUGACAUCAGCCCUGGUGUGGUGCAGUGUGCAAAGCCCACUGGUUGGCGCCGAGCGGGACACGCCUUUCCCGGAGCGGAACAAAACUGCACCGAGGCCGGCGCGCCCAACCUCUGCUUCCAAGAGCGCCUCCAGCUCGCGUGCCGCCCUAGCCAGCUGCCAGAAUGCCGAACUGGGGAGGAGGCAAGAAAUGUGGAGUGUGCCUGAAGACGGUUUACUUUGCCGAAGAGGUUCAGUGCGAAGGCAGUAGCUUCCAUAAAUCCUGCUUCCUGUGCAUGGUCUGCAGGAAGAAUCUGGAUAGCACCACUGUGGCUGUGCACGGUGAGGAGAUCUACUGCAAGUCCUGCUAUGGCAAGAAAUACGGGCCAAAAGGCUAUGGCUUUGGGCAGGGCGCAGGCACACUGAGCAUGGACAAGGGGGAGUCGCUGGGCAUCAAGCAAGAGGAGGCCGCUGGCCACAGGCCCACCAGUAACCCCAAUACAUCCAAGUUUGCCCAGAAAAUUGGUGGCUCUGAGCGCUGCCCCCGGUGCAACCAGGCUGUCUAUGCUGCCGAGAAGGUGAUUGGUGCUGGGAAGUCCUGGCAUAAGUCCUGCUUCCGUUGUGCCAAGUGUGGCAAAGGCCUUGAGUCAACCACCCUGGCGGACAAGGAUGGUGAGAUUUACUGCAAAGGUUGUUAUGCUAAAAACUUCGGGCCCAAGGGCUUUGGCUUCGGUCAAGGAGCUGGGGCCUUGGUCCACUCUGAGUGAUGCCGCCACUGCCUGCUGUCCCCUGCCCACUCAGUGCUUUGCAUUGCCAUCCCUUCCCCAGCAGCUCUGGAGACUUCUAGGAUUCCUUCUCCCUUCUCAGCCCUGCCACACAUCACCAAUGACUUGAACUUGGGCCUCUGGCUCCCUUUGGUUUGGGUGUCUGCCUGAGGCCCCAGCACCACCAAGGGGCUCCCCCUGCUGGGGAUUUGAUGACAUCACCAGCAGGAGGUGGUGGGACGGGGCCUUCUCCCUGUGCCCUGCCCCACAGACCUCUGUUCUUAGCCUCCUAGGCUGAGUACCGAUCAUCAACUGGCCGAGACACCUGACCCCCAUGUUGGAGCCCAGAGGAGCAGCAGCAACAGACCCAGAAGGGGAGGAAAGCAGGACCAAGAUGGGGCAGGGGAAGAGUAUGGUUGAUUGAAUUCCUGAGAUCCUCCUCUGUGGGAAAGAGAGUGGGCUUCUUCGUGUCCCUUAGGACAGGCCUGGGAGUCCCAGCUUGGGGAGUCACUAGGGAGGGAGAGAGGGUACAGAUAGGCUCAGGGACCACAGGAGCUGCCUGCUUCUCUAGGCACCUUGACUUUGAGUCUGUGUGGAACUAGUGUCACCUUCUUUGGAGUUGGAGGAGACAACCUAGGUUUGAGGUCCCGAACGUCAGGAUGUCAUCUGACUCCCCUAGGCAUCUGGUUUCCUGUUUGAAGGGGGUCCCUAAUGAAACACCUGUGACACACAUUCAUCUUUACCAGUGGCCCAAACCUUAGGGUAGAUAGAUCUGACCCUAGCUCGGAGGUUGGCAGCGCCACUCCAUCCCAGCAUAGCCCAGGCCGUUCUUACCAUGCCUGCUUGACACUCACACGGGGAGGGAGGCAGCCCUCAUCUUCAUUUGAACACCCCUUCCCUUGGCACCCAGCCUCAGGGCCUUCCUGCCAACCAAGGGCCUUGCCCCUUCCACUCCGCCUGUCUCCAGGGACCCUUCUCUGGCCACAUCCCCCCAUCCCUGCCAGGCCCCAGUGCAGGAGCAGCAGGUGGAGGGGGAGGGGCUGGGCUUGCUGCUCCCAGUGACUGGUUGUCCAUCCAGUAUGUUGUCCACACUGUAUGGAGCUGCUGAUUGAAAGGCUGUGGGCAGGGGCUGUAUUCAAGCUGACUUCUCAUAUGGUUAAUAAAGCUGUUUAGAAAAGAACUCUGGUGUCCUGAACCAUGGGAGCCCUGCCACUUUCCUGAGGCUGGGAGGGAACUUGAUUGCUGCAAUCAAAUUAGCAGUGGACCUAAAACAAAACAAAACGAAACC